AUGUCGGAAGUUCCCUCGUGCAGCUCAAUCAACUUUUCCCACAGCUUUUUUGUGCUUGAAAAUGGACCGACUCGGUUCAGCUCUUCUUUGUGUCCUUCUAGUGUCGUCAAGAGGGAGGACGAGGCCUGUUUGGAUGAUUAUUCUCAUAUCGACGUGUGUCUUGAGAUGACGAUAACUGGAGAUCUAUUUGACUGUGUUGAUAUGUAUAAACAACCAGCAUUUGACCACCCUUUGUUGAAAAAUCACACACUUCAGUUAAAACCAAGCAAUCUUCCAAAAGGAAUGAAACUGGCAAAAUCUAAACCAGCUUCUUUUUAUGGAUUCAAUGAUACUUGUCCUUAUGGUACUGUUCUCAUCCACCGUACUCGAAAACAAGAUUUAAUUGAGUCUCAGCUCUUGAGAAGUCAAUUUAGAGCACAAGUUGCAGCUAACGAUCCAAUUACGAAAGGAAGUCACUACGCAAUAAUUCAAUCUGAAAGUGGUCCAUUUUAUGGAGCAUAUGCAAAAAUGGCGACAUAUAAGCUUCCAGAUCUACAAGCCGAUCAAUCAUCAUCCAGCACUAUAUAUCUUUUUGGCGAUACAAACGUUCCAAACAAUGAACUCAAUGUGAUCCAGGCUGGUUGGCAUAUUUCAACAUUCUUGUAUAAUUCCAGUUAUCCUCGAUUUUUUACUGCUUGGACUAGCGAUGGGUAUGAGAAAGGAUGUAUAAAUUUGCUAUGUGCUGGUUUUGUUAGCACCACUAAUAUUUAUGGGCCUGGAAGUUUUAUUCCUGAAUUUUCCACUUACGGCGGUGAACAAAAAUAUCUAUCUAUACUAAUCACUAGGGAUUCUAAUACAGGGAAUUGGUGGGUUACAUAUAAUGAUCAACUACCAAUUGGGUAUUUUCCUAAGGAAUUACUUCCAAAGAUGGAUGAUUAUGCAAACUCAAUGCAAAUGGGUGGGCAUGUUAACUCUCCCUUGAAUGUGCCUAGUCCUCCGAUGGGUAGUGGUCAUCCAAGUUAUGAAGGACGUAAUAAAGCUGCUUAUUUCAUUCAAGUUCAGUUUGUGAAUAAAUUGAAUAGCAUGUUCGUUUUGAAUGCUGAUUAUCUUGAAACUAACAUUGAUAUCGGUGAUUAUUAUAGUAUAUCGGAUAAUCGUUAUGUAGAUGAUAAAGAUAAAUAUGUUUUUGCUUAUGGAGGAGCUGGAGGUUUCAAAUAA